AGGAGAGAGUGGGAGGGGAGUGUGUGGAAGACUCUAAGGGAACGCGGCAGAGGCCAGAAGAGGAGGUACGGUGGACGGCGGGAGGAAGGCAGAGGUGUCAGAGGAGAGACAGGGCGGCAUCAGGCACUCACAGCUGCGGCGCGGGGCUGCCUCCCCGGCCCGCCUGCCGCGCUCCGCCCGCCCGCCCUCCCGCCGGCACUAUGGUGGACAGAGGACCCUUGCUGACCUCGGCCAUCAUCUUCUACCUGUCCAUUGGGGCGGCGAUCUUCGAGGUGCUGGAGGAGCCGCACUGGCGCUCGGCUACCGACGACUACAAGCGGCAGAAGACGGAGCUACUCAAGCAGUUCCCUUGCCUGGGCCAGGAGGGGCUCGACAAGAUCCUGCAGGUUGUGUCAAAUGCUGCUGGACAGGGGGUUGCCAUCACUGGGAACAAUACUUUCAACAACUGGAAUUGGCCUAAUGCUGUGAUCUUUGCUGCUACUGUGAUCACUACCAUUGGUUACGGAAAUGUUUCUCCAAAGACACCCUCUGGGCGUCUCUUCUGCAUAUUUUAUGGGCUCUUUGGAGUUCCUCUCUGCUUGACAUGGAUCAGUGCUCUGGGGAAGUUCUUUGGAGGACGUGCCAAGAGGCUGGGCCAGUUUCUGACGAAAAGAGGAGUAAGCCUGAGGAAAGCACAAAUUACCUGCACAGCUAUUUUCAUUGUUUGGGGUGUCUUGGUCCAUCUGGUUAUUCCUCCCUUUGUCUUUAUGGUGACUGAAGGAUGGGAUUACAUCGAAGGCCUCUAUUUCUCAUUCAUCACCAUCACCACCAUAGGAUUUGGAGAUUUUGUUGCUGGUGUAAAUCCAGAGGCAAACUACCAUGCCCUUUACAGAUAUUUUGUGGAGUUAUGGAUCUACCUGGGACUAGCUUGGCUUUCACUCUUUGUUAACUGGAAGGUCAGUAUGUUUGUGGAAGUUCACAAAGCAAUAAAGAAACGGAGGAAAAAAAGAAAAGAGUCAUUUGACAGCCAUCCUCGGUCUAAAAAACCCCUUCAAAUGGGUACAUCAAAGGAUGUCAACAUUUUCAGCUUCCUUUCAAAGAAGGAAGAAACAUACAACGAUCUUAUUAAGCAAAUUGGAAAGAAAGCCCUGAAGACAAACAAUGACAAAAUGAUUAAAGUAGAAAAUGCCAAGCAAAAUAUGCAGAAUGCUAGUAUAGAUGCCCAGGUGAUUUACACAAAGGCAGAAGCGUUUGAAUACGACGAGACUUCCCUGGACAUGGAAAAUGGUCGCGUACUGAGACCCCUGCAUGAUAAACGCAUUGGAGACAGUCCUCUAGAAGGAACCAUUUUUGUAAACCAGCUAGACAGGAUUAGUGAAGAAGAAGGUGAAGCAUGGGAUUCCAGAGACUAUCGACCCUUAAUAUUUGAGAAUGCUAAUAUAACAUUUGUAAAUGAAGAUGACGACGAAGAGGAAGACAUGUCAGAUGACGAGGAAACGUCAAAAUCCUCCAUGGAUGAUAAUCUUGCAGAGGAAUCUGAAACCACAAAAAAACUGGUGAAAUUCCCAUCCUCUGAUGAAUCUACCUUUACCAAUAACGAGCUGGAACUUUCUGUGCCUUACGAACAACUGAUGAAUGAAUAUAAUACAGUAAGCAACGUGAAGGCUGCAACGUGAAGCACGUUUGGCAAUGGUUUUCUGAAAGUGGUCGGUGCAUAUUGAAUGAAUUAACAGAGCAAGGAGAAAAGCAUGUUCUUUGCAGCUUUUCCUGUCUCUUUGAAAACAGAAGUCCCAAACUAAUAAACUCCAGUGUCCUUUUCCCAUAAGAAGUUGGUUUCUGAGCCCAUCAGCUUUGCUUAUCUGAAAAACUUGCAAAAUAACAGUUGGAUUUGGAGUCUUGCUCCUUCUUGGGGUUUUAUAGUUCUUCAACAAAGUAGAAAAGACUAGUUCAUACACUGGACCUGCUCUGCGUUGAUGCAUUUCAUUGAGGAAUUAGUUUGGGAGUGUCACUAUUGCAGACUGCUUCUGCCAUCAGAUGCGUUCGGUUACUCCAUUAUCCUUUCACCUCUGAAAACAUGGAUUUGAAUCCUGCUUUGACCACAAAUGAAAGCAAGUGGGUUGCUUUUUAUGUUGCCCAUUGUUAAAUUGUUACCACAAAGAAGUGGUGCAACCAUU